AUUGGAGCUCAAUAGCAAUAAUCAAUCCAUGGCAGGAAAAGAUGAGUUAAGGGAAAGUUUUUUGCAGAAGAAAAGUGAUUCUGAGAUUAUUAAAAAUGAAGAAUCACUUUGUAGAAGAGUAUGGGAAGAAAGCAAGAAAAUUUGGAUAAUAGCAGGGCCUGCAAUAUUCACAAGAUUUUCAUCAUUUGGCAUUACUGUUGUAACUCAAGCUUUUGUUGGACACAUUGGUUCAACCGAACUGGCUGGUUAUGCACUUGUCAUGACUGUUCUAAACAGAUUUGCUACUGGUAUAUUGAUAGGAAUGGCAAGUGCAUUGGAGACACUUUGUGGACAAGCAUAUGGAGCAAAACAAUACCACAUGCUUGGAGUAUAUCUCCAAAGAUCUUGGAUAGUACUGUUUUUGACAUUAAUCUUACUUCUUCCUCUUUUCAUAUUUACUACACCAAUUUUAGAGGCAUUAGGUCAAGAAAAAAGCAUUGCUGAAAUGGCAGGAAAAAUUUCACUUUGGUCAAUAGGUUCUGGCUUUGCUAUGAUUGUGUCAUUCUCUUGUCAAACAUUCUUGCAAGCACAAAGCAAGAAUGUGAUUAUUGCUUAUUUAGCUGCAUUUUCUAUGGCUGUUCACCUUCUAUUGUCUUGGCUUUUGACUAUUAAGUUAGAACUUGGACUCACUGGUGCAAUGUUAUCACUGUUAUUGGCAUUGUGGUUACCAAAUGUUGGUCAACUCAUUUUUAUCAUGACUAAAUGUCCUGAUACUUGGAAGGGUUUCUCAUUUUUGGCUUUUAAAGAUCUUUGGCCUUGUAUCAAGCUUUCUGUCUCAGCUGGAGUCAUGAUGUGCCUUGAGACAUGGUACACCACAAUUUUGAUUCUUUUAACUGGCAACAUGAAAGAUGCUAAGGUUGUCAUUAGUGCUCUAUCUAUAUGCCUAAACAUCAAUGGGUGGGAAAUGAUGAUUGCCCUUGGCUUUUUUGCUGCAGCUGGGGUUCGAGUGGCGAAUGAAUUUGGAAGAGGGAGUUCAAGAGAUGCAAAAUUUUCGAUUGUGAUGACUGUUCUCACAUCAUUCGUCAUCGGAUUCAUUUUUUUCUUGAUAUUCCUAUUCUUAAAGGAAAAAAUUGCUUAUGUUUUCACUCCAGAUCCUGAUGUGGUUAAUGCUGUUGGAGAUUUAUCUUUUUUGCUUGCACUUUCAAUCUUAUUGAAUAGUAUUCAACCUGUGCUCUCUGGGGUUUCUGUUGGAGCUGGAUGGCAAAGCAUUGUUGCAUAUGUAAACAUUGGUUGUUAUUACAUAAUUGGUAUUCCUGUUGGAGUGGUGAUUGGGAUUGUUUUCAAUUAUAAAAUCAAGGGUAUUUGGAUUGGGAUGUUGUUUGGAACAUUUGUUCAAACUAUAGUGCUUAUUAUCAUUACUUGUAAAACUGAUUGGAAAAAGCAGGUAGAGAUAGCUCAAAAGAACAUCAUUAAAUGGGCUACCAACAAAGCUCAAGAGUCAAAUGAAAGUGGAACAAGGCUCUUAGCUAACGAAGAAUAGUGUUCCAAAAUUCAAAUCAACUAUCUAUUUGAUUAGAGUAUUGAAUUUGAUAUAUUAUCGGUCAAACCAAUUAAGUCCGAGAAGUAAAAAAUUUAUUAAGGUUUUGAUUUAUGCUAUUGUGAAAAUUUGUGUUUUAUUCUAUUGAUGUCUAAAUUGAUAAUUAUCUAAUUA